GCCAUUCUGAAUUUCUAAUGCUGCUCAGCGCCAUCUAUUGACUCGUUUUAUAAUGAACAGCUGAUUGAACGAAAAUGUCAGCGCUUCAAAUGAAAAUGUUACGAAGUCGUCUACCACCGAUGCCUCCUCCUGGAGUCGGAGGAUCAGCUAGCAAUAAGCGGGCGCUUGCAAGAAAGCGCGACUACACACCCGUGUCAUGGCAGCAGUACUUUGCACGGCGGAAAGACGUGAAGGUGUCCGGCGGCAGACGCUUCCGGGUGUACGAGAGUGGGACGAGCGGACCUGUGCUCCUCCUCCUGCACGGCGGUGGAUUCUCUGCUCUCUCCUGGGCUGUGUUUUCCAAAAUAAUUACCAGCAUGGUAACAUGUCAAGUGCUGGCAUUUGACAUGAGAGGACACGGGGACACUGUCAGCAAAGAUGACGGUGACCUAUCAGCAGAGACCUUGUCCAAUGAUAUUGAGGAUCUACUACAGGAGCUGUACAAUGACAAUCUUCCUCCAAUCAUAUUGAUUGGGCACAGUAUGGGUGGAGCAGUGGCGGUCCACACAGCUUACAGGAGACUUAUACCCUCUCUAGUUGGCCUGAUAGUUAUUGAUGUUGUGGAAGGAACAGCUCUCGAUGCGCUACAAGGCAUGCAGAGCUUCCUGCGCGGCCGUCCAACUUCCUUCCGUUCUCCCGAGCAUGCCAUUGAGUGGUGUAUUCGGAGCGGUGUGACAAGGAAUUUGGAAUCGGCCAAAGUUUCGAUGGUUGGCCAGAUUAAGCGGGGCGACACGAACGAACUCGCCAGCACUGCAGUCGAGAACAUCAAGCAAGCAAGCGAAAAAACCACGCAACCGAUGGCAACGGCUAACGUUAUAUACGAGGAUGGCGAGGAGGAGGAAGAGGAGGAGGGACAGGAGGAGGAGGCGGAGGCGGAGGAGGAAUCUGAACAGAGUGUGAAGAAAGUCAAGGGAAACGACUUCAUGCAUUCGCCUCAGCCGCUCCAACCGUCGUCAUCUGCUUCUUAUGUGUGGAGAAUAAAUCUGUCGAAAACGGAAAGGCACUGGGCAGGGUGGUUUCAAGGAUUAUCGAACAUGUUCCUCUGCUGUGAUGUACCAAAGAUGCUUCUCUUAGCCGGUGUAGAUAGACUGGACAGGGAGCUAACGGUGGGGCAGAUGCAAGGAAAGUUUCAGAUGCAGGUUCUUCCACAAGUUGGCCACACCCUACACGAGGAUAGUCCUGAUAAGGUUGCUGACCUAGUGGCAACUUACAUGGUGCGACACAAGUUUGUGGAGGCAACUGACAAAUUCCAGUGGACAUUCCCUGCAUGUUAGAGAAGUGAAACCACGAACAUGAGAUUAUGAGAACUACCAGGAGAGCCCUUUGCAAUCUCUUGGCCCCUCGGCUCCAUCUAAUUGCACAAACGUCAAGUUACUCCCGAGUUAUCGAGGAAGUGGACGUGACGAGAAAAGAUUCUGUGAUCGUUGUGUUUGUCGAUAGGUAUAAGUAGUAGCAAGCAAACUGUGAGGUUUGUACACUGACCAAAUGGCAACUCGACGUGUGAGGAUUAUUUUGCACUAUUAGUAAUGGCGUGAACAUAUUUAUACAAUAUGUUUGUACAAUAUGUGUUCAUGGUAAUAAUUUCAAGCUGCUUGGAACAUUAGUGAAUAAAUGCCCUGACAUAUAUGUUGCGAUGUCCAAUCCUACACGCAUGUUAAGCAAGUGUGUGGAUAAUAAGAAGACGAGUAUAGGUAGUUAAAAUAAUUCAAUUGCAUAAAAUGCAAUGUUGAUAAUAUUUUGUUGUGUAAAUAAAUAGGUGUUCUACCGUUUGGUCAUGGUAGUGGAGUUAAACCUCCACACAUAGUGUAUGUCCAGCGGUGCUGUUAACCAAUAAGUCUUCUACCUUUAUUUAAAACUAAUUAUCCAUGCAACGAGAUAUUUACUCGCUACCCUUGUAUUUUUGAAUUUUUGGGGGUCGAGAAAGCUUUAUACAAGUGUUACCGUGGUGCGUACACAUUUUCUCGUCUUGCUUUCAUUUUCGCAUCGCAGUGGCUUUACUGUACACCAAGCUAUAGCUCCUAGUCCUUAGUGCAAGCAACGUCCCUUUGUUGGAUGGGUAAGCCUGCAUUUUGUUGCUUCGUCUUACACCCGCUAACAGUUCUAACCGAAGUAGGCGUCGCAAACCACCUCGACUGAAAACAUGUCGCCGCGGGCGGGUGUCGAGUGAGGUUUUACCCUAUUACUAUUAGUUCUCAGACAGGGCUUCACAACCUAUGUAAGUGAAUUAGCCACCACUUAAACAUGUUACCCUAGGGAACAUCACAGGAAAAGGCAACUCGGUGAAUCAAGGUCGGAAGAAUCGUCAAUUUACGAUUACUAUUUGUCGACGGUUUGUAAUUUGUUCUUUGAGUAAGGAGGGUAACAUUGUAAGGAAAUCUUACAGUGCAAGUAUGGUAUAAUAGUACCGCGAGCCUAUGCGCAAUCAUUAUGGAUUGCUUUACGGUAGAGCUUAAAGCUGGGUUUACACUACUGACUUUAUGUUGUCAAGGUGGCGAAUUGGACCAAUUUCGCAACAACAUAUAACCGACAAUCGGCAGUGUAAACGUAAAAGUUGCGUGCCCAACUGGUCAAUAGUGACUAGUUGGGAGAUUAGAACAUGUUCUAUUUUUCGCCAACUCGGUGUUGCCGAUAUGCGAAAUUGGUCGAACUCGCCAAUUUUACAACAUAAAAAUCGGUUGUGUAAACUCAGCUUAACUCUACCAUGUCUGAUCAGCAUGCGGGACUCACGUCACUACACAACGUCCAACGUCUUUCGAUGUAGCGACCUGGUUUUGUUGAAGCUAGGGUCUACUCGUAUAUCCCUUCGCUCCC